GCAGCAACUAGGGUGUUAGCAUCUAGCUCCUCACAUCCACUUUAAAUGUCAAUUUGAACACAAACGAGUCAGUGGGCUUUUGAUAGUGAGGCUCCAGCGACGAAUCCCCGCCACUGUCACGGCCUGCAGAGCAGCGAGUCCGCCAUGUUUGCGCCGAGAGGCUCCCCGUUAACAGGUAACUGAAGCUGAUAGCUAAGUGCUAACACAGCUAGCAUAGCCAUCUGAGCAUUUCACCGGUACAGGCGGACCUCUUUGUCUGACAGGGGAAGGCGUGCUCUUUUGUUAGGCUUCUCCCUUUGUCCACUGGCUAAAAGGGGAACUGUCGGGUCAGGCUUUCGCACUUAUCUGCAGUUCUGAAAGUAUUUGGAAAAUGCAAAAAGCCAAAAAAUAUUUCACAGAAGGCCUGAUUCAGUUGACGAUCUUACUCAGUUUGAUUGGAGUUCGCGUGGACAUCGACAGCUACUUAGGCGGCUACUACACGCCUCUGAUAGAGAUUAACUUGGGUCCCAGCUCAGCCUACACGCAGACACCCUUCCACAGCCUGAGAGACACUCUUGACGGAUACACCGUGCACCCGAAAUGUCCCGAGUUGGACUAUUUCUUCGCGAGCCGCCGGCUGCUGGACGAGGUGAAGACCCUGGGCUCGCCGCGGUUCCCCACACAGUUGAACACAUGGCUCGUCCACCAAGUGUCCGCCACUGACAAGGCUGACUGUGGGCCUUCGAGCAACGACAGCAGCGACUCGGGGUUGCAAAGUCCCGGGGCCGGGGAGGACCGGGAGCACCUGCCUGGUGAUGGCCCAGAGGUGCGACGAACGAGCCCCGAACUCGGGCCUUGUAGCACUGGAGCCUGUGGCUUUCCCAAAGAGGAAAAUGACAUCCAAAUUAAAGAGGAGGAAGAACCUGCUUCGCUCACUCAGCUGGCUCACAGUUCCACACUGGAGCAAGAGAGUUUACUUGAAGGUAUCACUGCACUGUCUGACCCAGGAAGCCACCCUCCUCCUGCCAUUGAUAUUGACCAGCACUGGAGCAGUUUACUCUCUCUGUCUGUCACUGACCUUGAUGACUUGGAUUCUCUUGUUGCGGAUACUGAUAUCACAAGUGCCAUCAGCCAGGACGUCAGUUUGCAUGAUGCCAUGGCUGCCACUGCUGGUGCCUUCGGUAUGACGUCAGAAAGAGGGGAGGCCCGACCAGCCCCCCAACAAAGAGCCCUGUUCCGACUUGAAUCCACAGGCUCCUCGCACUCCGACGUAUCACCAGGGAUGGCCGUGGGCUUGGCUGCCCUUCCAUUUGCAACAGUAUGCAAUUUAACUAGAAAUGAGUUAUCGCAGAGUGCGCUGGGUGGCUGCCUGGAUGAGGCAGUGUUUGACCAGAUCAAUCAGCUGGGCUUUGAAGGCCUCGACACCAUCGGCUCCCAGCUGAUGGGCUGCCUCGAGGGUCUAGCGCCACAGGCCCUCGAGGACCUGGACUCGGACUCUGGACUCUCACUGGAGAGCAGCUCUGGAGGUCCAGUCUCACCAGGCUCAUCCGAGAUGUCAUCUUCAUCCAGCUCAUACUGUGAGGAUGAGUGUGGAGCAACUGGUUACAGCAGUGAUGUGGAUUCACUCCCCUCGAAAGGCAUUGCGGACUACACCACAGCAUGGUCACCUGUUGACCUGAGUGAGAGUGUGUGGCAUGACCACAGCUACUCAUCACCUGCCUUCUUCAACCCGCCGUCUGUAACCCUUCCCCACAAAGGCAUCAAGGAGGAGCCUUUCAGCGAAGACGACGAGCCAAGGUCUGAAGACAGGGAGCUGAGUCGCGAUGAGCUCCGGGCCCGUGCCAUGUACAUCCCCUUCUCUGUCCUGCAGAUCGUCAACAUGCCCGUGGAGGAGUUCCUGGAGGUUCUCGACGGUCAAGGCUUCUCCGCUGAUCAAGUCACACUCCUGAGGGACAUCCGCAGGCGGGGGAAGAAUAAAUUGGCAGCGCAGAACUGCCGCAAGCGCAAGCUGGACGCCAUCACAGGGCUCCAGGAGCAGGUAGAACGGCUACAAGCUCAGAGAGACAGGCUUCUGAGAGAGAAACAGCUUACAGCCAAGACUAUGGGGGCUGUGGGCCAGCAGAUAAAGCAGCUGACCAGAGACGUCCUGGCCCGGCUGAGGGAUGAUUCGGGACAACCCCUCAACCCAGAGAGAUUCACCCUGCAGUGCGGGGCUAACGGUAGAGUAGUAGUUCAGCCUUUGAGACGGCCUGCCGUCUCCACGUCAACUGGCAACAAAACAGACAAGAGGAAGAAGGACAAAAAGCAGUGAUGCAGUACUUGCCAGAUAAGACUUGAGUUUUUAGUUGUUUUGUUUUUUUGACUAUUUCUGAACUUGACUUGCCAGACUCUGGUUUCGGGAUCUCCUUCUGUAUAAGUGUGUGUGGAUUCACCGCUGUUGGGACCCUUACUGGGCAAAAGCUGCAAAAAAAAACAAAAAAAAACUCUGAACAUGAAUACACAAAAAAUAAUCUCUGUACAUAAAUAUCUCAUGGGAAAAAUGUAGCUCACACACUGGACACAAAGUUUGCUCUUUAAAGAUGGACAAGGCACUAGAGGCCUAUUAAGAGAACAGCUCAGAUGCUGGCAAUGCCACCAGUUUCUCUGUGUGCAUUAACAUUAAACUCACAUCUUGUUUCCGCAGAUAAUUCUUGCCACACACUUCUAAAAAUCCAACAUAGCCAGCAUUGUGACAGUUACUGGAAAGAAAUCUUUGAGGAUGAUUCUAUUUGUUUGUUUGUUUCCAUGUUAUCUUGCUUCUCAGUGUAUUCAGUUUAAAGAGAAGGUAAAAGAUUGUAUUUAUUAAAGUUUCUGAGAUUCCUGAAAUGCUUAUGUGCAUCACCAGACUGUCAAAGGCAGUUUUUUUUUUUGUUUGUUUUUUCAAAGCGGAAACUUUAUUGCAUAGUGCUAAGAAUAUGGGGACAUUACCUAAAGUUUACAGAUUUGUUUUAGAUACUUUGUGGCAUGUAGCGCGGAAAUGGAACUGAAAUGUUGAAUAAGAUAAUUGAAUUUGUUCUUUUCUUUGUGUUUAUGAUGUACAGUAUACCAAUGAUUAAACUGACAAGGCCUUAAUUAGCAUUUGAUAAGUGUUUUGGUUAGCGUGUGUGCACAUUAGAAACGAAUGCACAUCAUAACAAAAAUGUUUUAAAGAAAAAAACGUUUCAUGUUUAAAUUUAUUAUUCAGUCAUUAGUUUCAAGCACAAUUCUGCUGAAUCCCUUUCAUUGUGGGUUAUUAAAAGAGUUCUGACAAGAUUAUAUUCUACCUCACGCCUCGGUUCGUAUAGAUUUUGGUGAAAUAAAAUAAGACGCUUUUUGUAGGGGAACUUAAGUGCACUCAUUAGCUACCAAUCCUUUGUUAUUAAAAUGAUCUGAAAUGGACUUAAACCACUCCGUUUCUGAAAAAUACAAUCACCAACUCUAUUUAAUGAGUGAAUGUUUUAUGGAUGUUACUUUUUAUAUAUUUGAGAUUAUCGGAGCGGUAAAAUAUUCAGUAGAGGUUCCUGUGUUAUUCAUGGGAAUGUUGCUUUAUACCGUCGACCGAGUGAGUGAAUUAAAUGAGACGAAAAUUGCAUGUAGUUGUUAAAAGUGUGACUCAUUAAGUACCUUUUUUUUAUUAUCCCUAGACCCUCACAAAUUUGUGUUUAAUUUCCAGGUUUGCCCAAGAGUUUACUUUGCUGUUUCUAUAAAUGCUUAGGGAAUUUCAAAAGUGUUUUUUUUGUUGCAGGCGUUGUUCUUUCUGAUUAAAAAAAGAAUAAA